AUGACCGCUGCGUUUAAUACUAUCCGCAGACAGACCAUCAUCAACCUCCUCAUUGAUGCAGGAUGCUCUAGAGACGACAUUCGCCUAGUUCAGUACCUCCUCUCAAAUACAAAGCUCAAGGUGACGGUCAACAGAUCUGAGUCUGGUGAAUUUGUGAUUAAUAUUGGCGCUUACCAGGGAGACAGUCUGGCAGGUAAAGUGUUUACAUUGACCCUUGCCGGUGCCCUGAAUCACAUCAGAGCCGUGAUCAGUGUCACGAUUCCUAGACCGAACCCCCCAGUCUCUGAUAGAGGCCUCCCGUUAGAGUCCGCCUAUGCUGACGAUGCUGAGCUUCUGAGUGAAGAUGGUCAGAGCCUGGUGAAGAUACUAGAGAUUGCCAGUGAUAUACUAAAGGAUUGGAGUCUCUUUGUUAACGAAUCAAAGACGGUGUUUACAAGAGUGUAUUUGGCAGAUACAGAUGCUUUAGAUGCCCAUGGCAAUAAAAUUAGAGGAGAUGAAGAGUGGCGAGAGUCAGUGCUAUUAGGAUCAAAGCUCUGUUCAGAAAGAGAUAUUGUCAACAGACGCAACAAAGCCAAUGUUGCCUUCUACACCUACAAGAAAGUCUGGUUGAAUAGCUCUGUUCAGAUCAGUGAGAGUAGAAAGCUGAAGCUGUACGAAGCUCUUGUCACUUCAGUGUUGUUGUAUAACUGUAGCAGCUGGGCUGCUCCUGAAACCGUAAUGGCAUCUGUCGACGUUCUUCAAAGGAAGCAUCUGAGACAGAUAAUCAACACCUAUUGGCCUACGCAGGUCCUCAAUCGACAGAUCCUCUGGAUGGCCUGCAGACAUCACGUCCUGGAGGCGGAGCUUGUAAGAGGAUCUGCCUCCAAGCAACUGUUCGGUGACACAAUAUCACUCGAAGUAACCCUUUUCAAGAUCAUGAAGACCUCCUGGGUAGAUCUCGAUCUGCAGAACAUCGUCCUUCCCGAUAUCCCUACGCGCUAA